AUGAAGAAACUGAGUCUCAGAGAGGCUAAAGAUACUGCUGAAGCUGGUGGCAGAGAUGAGUCCCUAGCCCAGUCUUUUGGUUAUAAGCCAGACAUCCUGGGAGUCUUGGUCAGCCUUAGCUGCAUCUUAUUGUCCUUAAGAAAACAAAAAUUAUUUCUAUGUGUUGCUUUUUUUCUUCUUUACCCCGUAGAUGGAUGGAAAAAACGUUGGGUGGAAUCUAAACAUAGGCCGGAUUAUGGUAAAUUUCAGCUCACUGCAGGCAAAUUUUAUGGAGACAAAGAAAAAGAUAAAGGUCUCCAGACCAGCGAAGAUGCCAAGUUUUAUGCCCUCUCCACCAGGUUUAAGCCAUUCAGCAAUGAGAACGAGACCUUGGUGGUUCAGUUUUCAGUAAAACACGAGCAAGGCAUUGAUUGUGGUGGCGGGUAUGUGAAGCUCUUUCCUGACACCCUGAACCAGGAAGAUAUGCAUUCAGAAUCCGAGUAUUACAUCAUGUUUGGCCCUGACAUCUGUGGCUUUGGCAACAACAAAGUACAGGUCAUCCUUCGUCACCAAGGGAAAUACCAUGAGAACAACAAGACCAUCAAGUGCAGGAUCAGUAAAGACACUCACCUGUACACUCUAAUCAUUCGCCCCAAUGCUACUUAUGAGGUCAAAAUUGACAACCAGCAAGUAGCAGCUGGGGGUCUGGAGGACGACUGGGACUUCUUGCCUCCCAGGAAGAUAAAAGAUCCCUAUGCCCGGAAACCAAGGAAAUGGGAUGAACGUCUGCAAAUAGAGGAUCCUGAAGAUAAGAAACCUGAGGACUGGGAGGACUUUGAGUACAUCCCAGACCCAGAUGCCGAGAAGCCAGAUGACUGGAAUGAGGCGAUGGAUGGGGAAUGGGAAGGGCGCCUGAUACCAAACCUGAAUUAUAAGGGACAAUGGAAACCUCGGAUCAUCGACAAUCCCAAUUACCAGGGGGAAUGGAUUCAUCCAGAAAUAGACAACCCUAAAUAUAAGCCCGACCCCACCAUUUGUCACUAUUAUAACAUCGGUGUUCUUGGCCUGGACCUUUGGCAGGUGAAAUCAGGCAGCAUCUUUGACAAUUUCCUUCUUACAACUGAUGAAGAGUUUGCUGAAGAGGUUGGAAAUAAGACCUGGGGAAUAAGAAAAGAUGUAGAGAAGCAAUGGAGAGAAGUGUACGAAGAAAUGGAAAAAAGAAAACAGGAAGAAGAGGCCAAGAAGAAAAAGGCAAAGGAGGAGGAAAGGGAAGAUGACAUCUGGGGAAUUGAAGAAGAAGGAAGUGAAAAGGAUUCUGCUGAGGAAGCGGGAACUGACAGGCAGAUGAAGGAAGAUGAUGCUGCAAGAGCAUUUCUGGGUGGAAAUGAGGAAGUCGGUGUUGACCAGAAGGAUGAACUGUAACGAUAGCAUGGUUACGCUCAGAGGAAACGAUGUGACUUACAAGGAGAAGUGUUCAUGAGGUGGCAACAUCUGGGGAGCAACAUUACUUGCUCUUUUUGAAUGAACUUCGGCUUUGUAUUUCUACCCCACCUCCUUUGCUCUGUACGACCUUGCGAAAGUCGCACCACCUCUUGGGGCCUCUAUUUCCUUGUCCAUGGAAAGGGAGUGAUGAUUACUAGUUCAUGAAGUUGUAGGGAUCAAAUGAGCUAUGUGUGUAAAGUGCCUCAUAUAAAUAUACAGUCAACAAAUAGUACCUAUUACUACUAGCAUUAUGGUGUUUCUAAAACUAACUGUUGGUAAAUAAGCUUCUGUAUAAACUUGAUCCUCACUUUCAAUUUAUCCCAGUACAUCCCGGGAUUUUAUUUUGUUUAAAUAUCUGUAUUACUUAGUAUUUACUGAGCAGUUCUGAUGGUUGUACUUGUGGGUGGUAUGUUUUCUUCUUGUAGAUGUAUCAAGCCUUAAAAACAAAAUUAGACUUCCUCUUAACAUAAGGAAAGAUACUUGGUGAAAGUUCUUUUGCUUCUCUGCUGUUUUGUGACCUAAUUUUUAAUUAAUUAUUACUUGUUUGCUGGUUUGCUGGUCUUACAUUUAUCUUUUCUGUACCAUCUGCUCACAACAUCAUUAUCAUAUGCAUUCAUGUAGCUCUUUACAGAUUGCAAAGUUUUCUGUA